AUCGCCGGGAACUACCACACAGGCCAUGUACUCUGAAGGAAAAUUAUAUCGAGUCAGUCGUCUUCGAACUGUUCUCAUGUGAUCAUGUCUCUCUGGAGCUUUUUUUAACCAAUUACGUAGUGGAGUGAUUCAAAAGCUUCCCAAGCAAAAUAAUUGUGUGCAAUGUAAACAUUUUGUGCAACACUAAUAUAGAGCACAACGAAAAUUUGGUAUUCACUAUGAAGUUAUUUUGGUUGAAGACUGCAGGCAUACGAUAUGAUAUGAAAAGGUUUAAGUAUUAGAUAAAAUGACGGCUUUUAAGUCGUAAGUUCAAAAUGUUAACAAUGUUUAUGAUAAGAUACGUUGUUUUUGCCUUGUUGAUUUUAGUCACUGCAUCAAAAAUCCAAAAUGAAUGUGUUUUAGAUUUGUUAAAAAAUAAUUUGAGGGACAUUUACUGUAAGUUCAUACCGUAUGAAAUUGAUAUUAGCUAUCUCAAUGGUACGACCCGGUUAGACGUAUCAGAAAAUGAUAUUGAAGAGCUUUACCUAACGAGUGGACAAAAUGUAACUUUAAACGAAAUAAAUUUGUCCAAAAAUAAUAUUUCAAAUCCAUGUACAGUGAAAUUUAACCAGGUAAUUCAUGUAAAUUCUUUAGUUUUGUCACACAAUCAAGUAAAAUAUUUUUCUAUAUGUUCAACACCUAAAAACUUGACUUUGAGUUGGAAUUCUAUACAAUCAUUAAAUAAAACCGACAUGAUAAAUGCCACAUACCUUGAAGUUCUAGAUUUAAGUUAUAACAAUAUAUUAUGGAUAGAAAACGAUACGUUUAGUGAUCUUAUAAAUAUUCAGUGGCUAAACUUACGAGGUAAUAGGUUGACGAGAAUUUCAGAAUGGAAUCUACCUAGUAAUACAUUACAACAUCUUGAUUUGUCAGAAAACCAUCGUCUUGAUCAGACAACCGCGUUUCAACCAUUCGAAAUUUUGGUUGAAUUGAAUAUUGCCCAGAACGUUGAUUUGGCUCCAGCAAUUUUGGUUUCAAGUCCACGACUUCAAAAAUUGGAUGUAUCUUUUACUAAUCUUAUAGAAGUACCAACAACGUCAGCUCCAUUAUUGGGAUCUCUUAAUUUAAGUGGAAAUAUGAUAAAAUCUAUUCGCAGUGGUGAUUUGGAUGGUUUUCCACUGCUUAAAAAAAUUGAUAUAAGUUUAAAUCGUAUAAGUUACGUAGAAGAUGAUGCAUUUGGGAGACUAGAUCUUUUAACUAUACUUGAUCUUAGUGAUAAUUUAUUAGAAAUAGUACCAAAAAGCUUACCUGAUAGAUUAGAAAUACUUAAUCUCAGUGGUAAUAGGAUUAAUAACUUAACUAUGGAAGAUUUUCAAGGUUGUAAAAGACUUAAAAAAAUAAACAUUAGAAAUAAUAGAUUGAGUUACAUUCAAGAUUUUACAUUUUCAUCUCUUACAUUUUUAGAUAUUUUGGACGUAUCUGAAAAUCCUAUCCAGCUUAUCACUAGAGAGAUGUUAGUGGGUCCUGUUAGAUUAAAGCAUCUUAUAAUGGAAAAAAUGGAACCACUAGAAACAGUCUUAUUUCCAUUUACAGAUACUCAAUAUUUAAGUCAUCUCCGACUGAUGAACAGUUCACAUCUUGCUGCGAUUUUAUUUAAUGAUAGUGCAGUAUUUUCUUCCUUGUUACAAUUAGAAUAUUUAGAUAUAAUGAAUUGCAAUAUAAAAGUAUUGCCUAGUAAUUUACCUUAUUAUAUGCCAAAAAUGAGAAAUUUAUUUUUUAAUAAACUUGACUGUUUUGGAGAAUGGUUUAAGGAAUGGAUGUGUGAAAUACACUCUUCGUGGGAAAAAUAUAAUUACAAGAUAAAUUUAACAAAUGUCAGACUAAGAAAUGUGCUACCAACAUUAAAAAAAACGCCCAUUGAUCAGCUGUAUUGUAUAGAUAACUAUGGUCAAGAACAAUUGGUUUAUGACAUAGAAUAUUGUGCAGCGAUUACUACAACGUCAAUCAAACAAAAUAAAAUAAUAUUUACAGAACCAACAGCAGUUUUUGAACGAUUGAGAGCUAAAACUGAACCCAAAAUUUCACAAGUCAUAACAGAAGUGAAACAUCCUGGAAUUGUGGUAUUUUUUGUUAUUAUAUUAUCACUCAUUUUCUUAGUUUUUGGUUCUAUUUUGAUAGGAAUAAGAACUAUUCCUAUUAAAAAUAUACGAUGGAAGCAAAGUAAUGUAGACGUAAACUAUCAGUCAAUUGAAAUAAAAAGUUUAGAAAGUUUAAACUAUGUAGAAAGAUGGUAAAUUGCCAAAAAUGUAAAUAAAUGUGUUCUUUAUCAAUUAAUUUUUUUAUUUUUUAAAUAAAUGACGUUGAUUGAACUUUAUUUUGUUUUUUUUUUUACUUUAAUAAACUUAUUACUAAUAAUAAUAUAAAACCAAUAACAACAUAAAAUAAAAACCAAAUUUUUUUUCUUUUAAUUAUUUUUUUGUAUACUCAUCACUCUACACAAAUCCUAAUAGUAUAUAUAAUUUUAUACUAUCUAUUAGAGGUUGAAUAAAAGAUUGAAGUACCUCUCUUGGUUGCACCAGACUGUAGAAAUUUAUUCCGUUUUUUUAUCAUUGUAAAAUUGUAAAAAUAGUUAUGUAAAUUAUUCAAUUGGCAAAAGUUGUCAUUGCCAUAACAUUUCGGGGUCGUUGUCUCCUAUUCUAUGGUUCCUGUUAUUCGAUACAUCGGGAACUGACAAAAAUAAACUAUUGGCUAAGUUCUACAUCUAAAGUACAUUCAUGUAUUGUAUUGUUAUCAGAACCAAACUGGCUUUUCUAGUGCGAUCCAAAAAAAAUUUAUUUUUAGUGAACUAAAAAAAAAGUCAAAAUUCAAUUUUUUUAAAGCUCUCUUGUCAUAAUAUUUAAGCAACCCUUUGUGAAAUCUUCCGAUUUUCCGAUCAACCAAUCUUGGUUGUUAUCUUAUUUUAAAUUGUGGUAAUAAAUUAUAUUGGUUCAGAAUUAAUGUGUAGUAAUAUUACCUAUAAAAUAGCUAAAUUUAAAAAAAUUAA